CACACACACACACACACACACACACACAGCACACACACGCACGCACGCACACACGCACACAUCGUCACCGUGAUCGACUCCCAGACUCUCUCAGUCGCCUCAGAUCGAUACUUAUCUCUUGCGCCGUGCCCCGAGAUCAAACGACGCGAUCUUGAACACCGACCGACCUCCCGGGUUUCGGCAUGGCUCUGGCAAUCAAGAUCCUCGUCCUGGCCUGUGCCCUCCUCGCCGUGGCGAUGGCCACCGAGUCGGCGGACGACGAGGGGCAGCAAUCCGGUAGAUCGCGAGUUUCCGACGAACAACUGAAUAUGGCCCUGAGCGACAAACGUUACCUGAACAGACAGCUUAAGUGCGCCUUGGGUGAGGCGCCAUGCGACCCCGUUGGACGACGUCUGAAAAGUUUAGUGCCGCUGGUUCUGAGAGGCUCCUGCCCGCAGUGCAACCCCGAGGAGACACGUCAGAUCAAGAAGGUCCUUUCUCACAUUCAGCGAUCCUUCCCGAAGGAGUGGAACAGGAUAGUACAACAAUACGCCGGAGUUCCGUAAACGAGAUAUGAUAUAAGCGGGCCAACCGCGACGAGGCUGCAUGUACAGAACAUAAUAAGGGAAUAUGAAAAGACACAAUAGAUGUCAAACUACUGAGGAACACCAGGUCGAUUACACUUGUUCAUUUAAUAUUAUUAUUAAUAAAAUGGCACGGGAGAAGUGCAGUCAGCCGAAAGAGAUAUUUAAAUUAUCGCGCAUAUCGUCUUCUCAGAGAUAGAAGUUAGUUUUGAAAAUGAUUUUAUUAUUUCUGUUAUUUAUAAGACGUUGAAUAUAUAUAUAUAUUUUUUAUUCGUACGUUUUAUAUAUUUUGUUUUAAUAAAGUUCGUUUUUUUA